AUGUCAUCUGCAGCAGGAGAUGCAGAAAAUCAGAAAAUUCGCCCAAAGAAGAGUUCAAUAUUAUUCAAGAAGCUGUUGAAAAAUAAUUUCGCAAAUUUAUCAGUUUCAGGUCAGGCAAAAGUCGGAUUCCGUGGUCCCGUUUUCUAUAAUCCAGUUCAAGAAUUCAAUCGGGACCUAACAGUAACAGUACUUCGACAAUUCUCCGAUGAUCGUCAAAAAUGGCACCAGGAGCAAGCUGCUAAAUCUGCCGCUGUGUCAAAUGGAGAAGGUGAAGAACCACCGAAGAAGAAAAAUAAGCUGACUAUUAACGAAGACGGAAAAAUCAGAAUCCUUGAUGCUCUCUCCGCUUCUGGACUUCGCGCUCUUCGCUUUUCUAAGGAAGUUCCGAAUGUUGGAUUUAUUAUGGCCAACGAUUUCUCGGAUAAUGCUGUGGCUUCGAUUCAGGAGAAUGUGAAAUUGAAUGAAGUUGAAGAUUUGGUAGAGGCUCAUUUUGGAGAUGCUGUGAUGACGAUGAUGGAGCACCGCGGAAUCGACAAACGCUUCCACGCCGUUGACCUAGAUCCUUAUGGAACUGCAUCCACGUUUCUGGACUCGGCUGUUCAAUGUGUGGCUGAUCGAGGAAUUCUGAUGGUCACCUGCACGGAUAUGGCUGUUUUAUGUGGAAACACCCCAGAGGCAUGUUAUAACAAGUACGAUGCAGUGACAACGAGAAUGAAGUGUUGUCACGAAGUGGGUCUUCGUAUUCUGCUCCGUGCAAUUGAUUCAGCCGCCAAUCGGUACACAAGAUACAUUGAGCCACUUGUCUCGAUUUCUGUGGAUUUCUAUGUGCGAGUUUUUGUUAGAGUGCAUACUGGAGCUUUUCAAGCGAAGCAGAGUGGAACGAAGGUUGGAACUGUCCUCGUGUGCUCUGGAUGCAACGCCAUGGAACCCAUUCCGAUGUUGAAACGAGGAGAAAAUAACCAGGAGAACAAAUAUUCUCUUCCCACAAUCCGUCAUUCUCUCACUGGUCCUAACAACCUCUGCGUUCAUUGCAACAACCGACUUCAUCAAAUCGGACCAAUUUAUCUCGCCCCAAUACAUAUCGACACCAGAAGCAGAACGACUGGGAACUCAUGGACGUCUUCAAGGAGGCUGACGAUGGUCAGCGAGGAAUUGGAGGAAGUGUUGUACUAUGAGCAUGAUCAAAUGGCCAAUACAGUGAAAGUUUCGGUGCCAAAAGUUCAAAGUUUGCGGUCGGCGAUUCUCCAUGCCGGAUUCAAAGUUUCGGGUUCUCACUGUAAUCCGAGAGCAAUCAAAACCAACGCGCCAAUGCAACUGUUAUGGGACAUUUAUCGUCAAGUGGCCAAAGACACCAGCGUCGAUCGUGAGAAGCGUCUGGCCAAAGAAUCAGCUGGAUAUCAUAUCCUCGGUCAACCCAUCACCAACACUAUCAACUUCUCUCUCCACCCCGGUGCUAUUGAACAGGCGAAAAAGGAGAAUCUGGUACGAUUCCAGUGUAAUCGAGGAAAGAAUUGGGGUCCAAGACAGAAGGCAAAGGGAUCGGUGAACUCGACGAAAGCAGGAUUCCAGUUGACAAAUGUGGAGCAGCAUAAGAAAUAA